AUCAUGCAACUGAGCUACCUGGCAAUACUCACCGCCCUGUUUUUCCACCUACCAGCUCACAAAACCGAUGCCAGUCGCCUUCCAAAGUGGUUGGUUCCCCUCCGCUAUCGCGUGGACAUCGUGACGCGGAUCAACCAACCUCACCAGCCCUUCGGCGGUAUGGUGGUCAUUGAUCUAAGAUCGGAGAGAUCGACAAACAGAAUAGUGCUGAAUUCCCACGACUUGGCGAUUGGCAAGCGGGGGGCGGUGACCCUGUCCAUCAAGGGUGGCAGCUCAGUGCCGGUCAGCAGUAUACAGAUGGACAUUAAACUGAGUCGACUGACUGUGUACGUAAGGAGUCCUCUCAAGAUCAACGUCACUUACUCCUUGCGGGUGGCAUUUACUAGUGUGUUGAGAGGUGACAACAAUGGAUUCUAUCGCAGCAAUUAUGUGGAUCAUAAUACUACUUUAACCCAAUGGCUGGCGGCCACCCAGUUCGAACCGAACCACGCCCGCGAGGCAUUCCCCUGCUUCGAUGAUCCCAUUUUUAGGACACCCUUCCAGAUCAAUCUGGCACAUCCGCAUCUGUACCGCGCUCUAUCCAACAUGCCCGUCCAGCGGACCACGCGCCAUGCCAGCCUGAAGGACUACGUGUGGACGCAGUUCGUCGAGAGCCAUCCAAUGCAGACGUACCUGGUGGCCUUCAUGAUCAGCAAGUUCGACAGGCCGGGUUUCACGUCCAGCGAGCGAUCGGAUUGUCCAAUUAGCACGUGGGCUCGUCCGGAUGCACUGCCGCAGACGGAGUUCGCCAACAUGGUGGUGGCACCGUUGCUCUCCUUCUACGAAGACCUCUUCAACAGUACCAUCCGGCAGAAGAAGAUCGAUUUGGUGGCACUGCCGGAUUUCGCCUUUAAGUCGAAGGAGAACUGGGGCAUGCCCACCUUCGCGGAGGAAUCUGUUUUGUACGAUAGCCAACGGAGUUCCAUGGACGAUCAACAGCGCGUGGCACGGGCUGUGGCCAUGAUUGUGGUGAACCAGUGGUUCGGCAACCUGGUCUCCAUCGCCUGGUGGCACGAGAUCUGGCUGAAGAACGCCUUUGCCCUGUACCUCUCGCGUUUUGGUGUGCACAAACUGCGUCCGCAGUGGGAUUACCAGGAGCGGCACGCCCUGCAGCUCUACCUUUCGGUCCUCGACUACGAUGCCCAUGUAAAUACGGAUCUGGUGACGGCAUCGGUGCCCGAUGAGAGUCACAUUUGGGCGGCGUACAAUGAGAUUGGGGAACGCAAGGCAGCCGUGCUCUUCGAUAUGAUGCACCGCGUCAUGGGCGAGGAGGCGUGGCUGACCGCACUGCGUCGCUAUCUGGCUGAGUAUGCCAAUCGCACCGCCACAUCCUCGGACUUUUGGAGAAUUUUGCAACUGCAGGUGGACCGCAAUGGACGCUUGGGCAAGGGUCUGAAUAUCACAAGGAUCAUGAAGUGCUGGCUAGGCCAAGCGGGAUAUCCCCUGCUCACCGUCACCCGGAACUACGACAAUAGUGCGGCUAUCGUAAGUCAGCAGCGUUUCUUCGUCACUCCGCAGUUUCGAAACCAAUUGUCCAAGAAUCCGUGCUGGUGGGUUCCGCUCAGCUAUACCUGCCCCAGGUGCAAAAAUUCGGAAAUGAUGUCCUUCAGCCGCUGGCUCACCUGUCCGACCUCUAAGUCUUCGAGUAAAUCUAAUACCGUUCUACUGGACAAACUGGAGGCGGGGCCCAAUGAUUGGAUACUGCUCAAUGUGGAACACUCGGCUCCAUGCCGCGUGAACUAUGACCUCCACAACUGGCAGCUGCUGAACAAAACGCUCGCUGAUCCCACAACCUUUCGUCUCAUCCAUCGUGUAAACCGCGCCCAGUUGGUCGACGAUCUAUUCAGUUUUGCCUGGAGUGGCGACAUUGAGUAUGACAUGGCCCUGGGCAUGCUCGGCUAUCUUGAGCACGAGGACGAAUUCGUGGUCUGGGCAGCCACCGAGGUAAACUUCGAGCGGAUCAACAACGUGGCCAAGAGGAACCCAAACUAUCUGAUCUAUAAGACCUACAUGCGCCACCUUCUGGAGCGGCAGUUCCAGCGGGUGCUAUCUUCGGACUUGGCCAGUUCCUCGGGCAACAUGACCCACCGCCCCGUCAUCAUCAGGCUGGCCUGCGAGUACGAGCUGCCCGCCUGUGUGAGUCUCGCUCGUAGGGAAUUCUUAAAGGGAACGCCGGCGAAGGGCGGAUGGAUGACCAUUCGAGAGCGGGAAACGGUCUUUUGCACGGCGGUCAAGUUCGGCACGGAAGGGGACCGUGAUACCGUGGAGUCGAUGUAUAAACGCUCGAACUUUGCCGCCGAGAAGGAAUCGCUCUUGACCGCUUUGGCCUGUUCGCGGAACGCCGUCGUCCUGCAGAGAGUCCUUGAAUGGACGUUCGAGAGCUCGGGAGUGCGAAAGCAAAACGCCAGGCGAACCUUCAAGGCUCUGGUCUCGAACUCUUUGGGCUAUCGUUUGGCCAAGAAGUACGUUUCCACCAAUAUGCAGAACAUACGCAACUAUUGCAGCAACUCCACCGACAAGGUUGUAAAUCUCAUGAGACCGCUGAUCGAAUACCUGGCCACUCCCAAGGAACUGCUCUUCUUUAGCAAGUUCUUCAAGGAGAUCCUGCGGGACAUGCAAGGCAGUGAGCGACUCAUCAAGAUCCUGCUGGAACGUGGCAGGGAUAACAUCCACUGGCAGCGCACCAAGUUCCGCCCAAUGUUGCGGGCCAUUCGCGACAUAGUCCUUUGGCGGAGUCGGGCAAAUCGGAUAUCCAACUAAAGAGCAUUGAUCGCAAUUAGAACGCACAUAAUGGUCCAAAUGUUAAAUGUCCUAACUCAAUGAUCACGCAAUUACGGGCCCAGACGAUUGGCUUGUAAGCUUGGGCAUUUAAAUGUUUGCCAUUCGCUGAAUUUGUAGCGAAAUUCUCCACCUAUACAUUUUUAUAUU